AUGUCUAAUGUGGAAACCCCCCAAACAGGGUCUCUCAAAGAUCAGGCUCGUGGGGAGCAGACUGACAGCGAUAAGAAGGCAAAGACCAGGAGACCUGCUAACACUGCUUUCAGACAACAGCGCUUAAAAGCCUGGCAACCAAUUCUCACGCCGCGAAGCGUUCUGCCCAUCUUCUUUGUGUUCGGCGUCAUUUUUGCACCGAUCGGUGGCCUUCUCUUAUGGGCUAGCUCCCAAGUCCAAGAGAUAUCUAUAGAUUAUUCAGAAUGCGCGCAAAAGGCCCCUUCUUACCCAGUCUCAAUUGCAGACCGUGUUAAGUCAUCGUUCAAGUCAUCAACUGGACAGUCUACCCCGACAUGGGAGCGUCGUACAGAGAACGGGACUACCAUUUGUCGGCUCAGUUUCGAAGUACCGGACGAUUUAGGGCCUCCCGUCUUUCUGUACUAUCGUCUUACCAAUUUUUACCAGAACCAUCGGCGAUACGUGAAGUCACUGGAUAUAGAUCAGUUGAAAGGCAAAGCUGUUGACAAUAAGACCAUCGAUGGUGGCUCAUGUGAUCCCCUUAAACUCGACCCUACUGGAAAGGCUUAUUACCCGUGCGGACUCAUUGCGAACUCCCAAUUCAAUGACACAAUACACAGUCCUGAACUCCUCAGUGACUUGGACCCAACGGUGUACUUCAUGACUAACAAGGGCAUCGCCUGGGAUAGUGAUAAGGAGCUUAUUAAAACCACACAAUACAAACCAUGGGAGGUUGUGCCACCACCGAAUUGGCACGACCGUUACCCAAACGGGUAUAUUGACGGUAUCCCCGACCUUCAUGAGGAUGAAGACUUCAUGGUUUGGAUGAGGACCGCUGCCUUACCGGCUUUCACUAAACUGUCCCGCAGAAAUGACAGCGUGUCUAUGAAAGCUGGCUCUUAUCGCCUGGAUAUUGAAGAUCGGUUUCCGGUCACUGAGUAUGGUGGCACGAAGUCAAUUCUCAUCUCCACCCGAACUGUCAUUGGGGGACAAAAUCCUUUCAUGGGUAUAGCAUAUGUCGUCGUUGGCGGUAUUUGCGUCCUUCUUGGGGCUCUAUUUACCCUUGCUCACUUAGUACGACCGAGAAAACUCGGCGAUCACACUUACUUGACCUGGAAUAAUGAACAGGAAAGCACAGUCAUUGCUACGGGCAGGAAUGACAGAUUUGGACCGCAUGCCCAUUGA